GUCUCUGCGACGCCGGAAGUGGCGCAGCGCCCCCGGAAGUGCGGCGCCUCCUUCCGGUGGCCGUGCGUGAGGGCGGUGGGAGCGCGAUGCCGACGGGCGACUACGACUCAAAGCCCAGCUGGGCCGACCAGGUGGAAGAGGAGGGUGGAGAGGAUGACAAAUGCAUCACCAGCGAGCUGCUGAAGGACAUCCCCCUGCCAGGGGUGCUGGGGGGCACCUUGAGCGCUGAGGCCGAGCUUCUGAAAGGAGGCCCGCUCCCCUCCCCAAAGGAACUUAUCAAUGGGAACAUCAAAACCAUCACGGAGUAUCGCGAGGAGGAGGAUGGGCGCAAAGUGAAGAUCAUCCGCACUUUCCGCAUCGAAACCAGGAAGGCCUCCAAGGCAGUGGCCCGUCGGAAGAACUGGAAGAAAUUUGGCAACUCGGAGUUUGAUGCCCCCGGACCGAACGUGGCCACCACCACCGUGAGUGACGAUGUCUUCAUGACCUUCAUCACCAGCAAGGAGGUGGGUCAGGAUCUGAACUGCCAGGAGGAGGAGGAUCCCAUGAACAAGCUGAAGGGGCAGAAGAUUGUCUCAUGCCGUAUCUGCAAGGGCGACCACUGGACCACCCGCUGUCCCUACAAGGACACCCUGGGGCCGAUGCAGAAGGAGUUGGCCGAGCAGUUGGGGCUGUCCACAGGCGAGAAGGAGAAGCUGCCCGGAGAGCCGGAGCCGGUGCAGGCUCAGCAGAGCAAGACGGGCAAGUACGUCCCCCCCAGCCUGAGAGACGGAGCCAGCCGCCGCGGGGAGUCCAUGCAGCCCAACCGCAGGGCUGAUGACAAUGCCACCAUCCGUGUCACCAACCUGUCCGAGGACACGCGUGAGACUGAUCUCCAGGAGCUGUUCCGGCCCUUCGGCUCCAUCUCUAGGAUCUAUUUAGCCAAGGACAAGACCACUGGGCAGUCCAAGGGUUUCGCCUUCAUCAGCUUCCACCGCCGGGAGGACGCGGCCCGGGCUAUUGCCGGCGUCUCCGGAUUUGGCUAUGACCACCUGAUCCUUAACGUGGAAUGGGCCAAACCCUCCACCAACUGAAUCCGGUGCUGCCGGCGCCGCGCUGGCUCCCAGCGAGAGCGAUCGGCGCUUCUAAAUAAAGACGAGCGCUCUGGUAUGCA